AUAUAAAUAACGUCAAAAACGGAGUUCGUAUGAGCGAGUUACAAAUUAUAGUAGUAUAUUUACGUAUUAAAAUAAAGUAUAAAUCAUGUAUACGUACACAUAUAUAUACAUAUGUAUAUAUCAUUAGAAAGGUAUCGACGAUGCGGUUAUUAUAAAACUAAUGUUGAGUUCUUUCGACAUUAGUUUAGUACAAAGAUCAUUAAAUCCAUUUAAAAUAGUAUUAUAGAGGGGUGUUUAGUUGUUUAUAUAACUAAAAGGUCAUUAAGUAAUUAUGGAGGGUAGUUUUUGAAAAUUCAAUUAGUAUAAAUAAGAGCCUUGGGCUCUCAUAUUUCUUGCACCAUUCUCUUGAUUCAAGAGUCUUUCUCUCCUUAUCCCCCGAGCAUUUCGGUCCCUCGUGAUUCGACUUCUCUUUCUGUAGUUUUAGUAUAGUAAGGUGAGCGCUGAAGCGCUGCACGAAUCUUUCUUAGAAAGAUUCAGCGACGAAGUUCUGCCCCUGCAGAGCCCGACUCCUAGCUAAAAUCCCCUUGAAAGUUUCGUCAAAGGAAAUUAUUUUAAAGUAAACGAAGCGCUGUCCAAGUACCGAGUCACCACCUUCUCAGGUGAGUGCAUAGUUACUUUCAGCUUACACAUAGAUAUGAAGUAUUUUAUACGUGCUGUGUGUGUAUAUUAUCUGUAUACUUGCUAUCUAUGCUGGAUGAACGUUUUAUACAUGUUUUCAAUGAUUUAAACUGUAUAUGUAUUUUAUAUCUACAAAAUGUGUUGGGUAAAACAUGGGUAGAUGUAUUAGUUGUUGUGUGAUAAAAUGAAAUAAUGAGAUGCCUCGUUAUAGAUGUUCUUGAUGAUCUAGUCAUCUAGCAGAGUAUAGAUGACGACCACAGACUAUUCUAGACAGUCCAGUGGAACACUAACAGGCUCGCAACCUGUAGGUGUUUAUUCGAACUUUGUGUUUAACCGAACUGUGUGUUUAUUCGAACUGUGUGUUUAUUCGAACUGUGUGAACUGUGUGCUCACCAGAUAUACUCCAUCCCAAUGAUAGUCCUUUGACUAGGUCCCUUGUGUUAGAUGUUUUAGGGACGUAAUGUGAGGAUAACGGGAAUGGGUAAUUGGGUUGAUUGUUUGAUGUUUAAAAAUAAUAAUUAUAUUAUUGUGGGUUGAAAACCCUAUGUGCUCACCAGGUUUCCCAACCUGACCCACUCAGUUUAUUUUUAUCACAGGUGUUGAUAUGAAGUCACAAUACAUUGAGAGAUUUAAAGAGAUGUAGAUCACUAGUGUAAAUAAUUGUAAGUUCUGUUUAUGCUUAUGUUUCUGUAUUAACGAUGACAUCCCAAACGUUUUAAAAUGAAAUAAAUACGUUUCAUCGAAAAUGUUUUAAUAACGUAUUUACCAUGUUUUUCUGGGAACAAAUUCCGCAACAUUUUUAUAAAAUGAAGUACUCUGAUUUUUAUAAAGCAUAAACAAAAUCGGUCUUUUCUGGCCGUGAAAAUGGGGAUGUCACAGUUGGUAUCAGAGCAUUAGUUUUAGCGAACUAGGAAUAUGGAUUUAUUUCUAGACUUAAACUUAGAAUGCUAAGCGAUGAUUGUGAGGUGUGAGCACUAGCUUAUUUUAGGAAUUGUGCCUAAAAUGCUUUUAUGUGCUAAAUACUUGUGCCUGAUAUGCUGUUAGUUGUUCGGAUCUAUGGUCUGUUGCCGACCGGAUCUGGAAACCUUAUGUGUUUAGGAUUCUAAACGUACGACUACGAUAUUAGAACUAGCAUAUAAACGUUUCGGAGUGAUAAGGAUGAUUUAACCGUCAAUCCUAAGUAAAGAUCUGGAUUCACCUUAUUCGGUGUAUAGAUCAAGAUGGCAAGAACCCGUAGUGGAAACGUGAAUGCAAAUGGGAACGGACACCAACCCCCCGUGAUCGAGCAAAUACCAGUUGUGGAAGCCGCUGUCGGACCAAUAACGAUGGCCGGAGUGCAAGCGAUGAUCCAGGCAAUGUUGGAUCGUCAAAUGGAGGAAACUAGACGUUUGCUCCAGCAAAAUCGUGAGGAAGCCACUAUUCAGAUCGAACAGCCUGAGUUGAACGAAGGGCAGACUGAGGAAGGAAACUACAGUGGGACUGUUGGUCAAGUCAACCCACCAAUAGUUCGACAAAACAACCAAGAUGACAAAGUCGAGAGGAAUGGAUGCAAGUACAAGGAUUUUCUGACUUGCAAGCCAUCGACUUUCACUGGAAAGGAGGAUCCGAUCGGGGUCAUGGAUUGGAUCUCGGAGAUGGAGUUAGCCUUCAUGACAUGCGGUUGCAGAGGGAAGCUACAGACCACAUUUGCAGUGCGUCAGUUUCGAGGAAGUGUUGUACGUUGGUGGAAUACCUUGGGGAAGACUCUGAGCCCUAAUGAGCCCCUGCAACUGACAUGGGCAGAAUUUUUGGUGCAAUUCAAACGAAAGUACUGCUCAGCUCAAAACCUGCUUGAGCUAGAGAACCAGUUUCUAACCCUGAAGAAGGGAAGCAUGUCAAUCAAUGAAUACACGAACAACUUCACAGAAAAGAUGGAGUUUGCCUUGCGUCUUGUUCCGGAUGAGCUGACGAAAAUUGACAAGUACGCAAAGGGACUUCCAUGGGAGUACGCGGUGCCAGUGCGUCAGGCUCCUACUCUGGAGGCAGCUAUCUGGGCUGCCAAGUCUGUGGAAGAUAUGAUUAAGGGAAGAGCUGCCAACAAGAUUGAGGUUGGCGAAAAGAGGAAGUUUGAGGAAUCUACGAGGCCCAAUAAGAAGAUCAAGUCUGGUUCAAAGGAGUCUAGCGGAGGAGGAAACAAAGUGAAAUGGUGCGAGAAGUGCAAAAAGAAUCACUUUGGGAAAUGUAGCGAAGAAGUGACUUGCUACAAGUGUGGGAAGACCAGACAUUACGCCAACGAGUGCAAAAGGGUGUGUUAUGAAUGCCGUGAAGAAGGGCAUGUUGCUAAGGAUUGCCCGAAAAAGAAAGAGGCGGAAAAACCAAACAUUCCGCCAAAACCGAAGGCAAGAGCAUUCCAUAUGAUCCUAGACGAAGCAGAUGACAAUGCGAGGAUUCAGGAAUGACGGCUUGACAUCCAAGGAUCGAGUUAUAAUGUAGCCAUAGAAUCAUAUGAUUUAGCCUGUUAGAGGCAUAGUCUAGGGUGAACUUGAACACCUAUGUAAUCGUUUCAAGAAAUAAUA